AUGAAAAAUAUUUUCAACGAUAAAAAACUAAUUGAUUUUUGGUUAAUUGUUCAAAAUGAUCAAAAUAAACUGGCUGAGAAAGCUUUAAGACAUUUGAUUCCCUUUUGCACAACAUAUAGAUGUGAACAAGCUUUUUCUACCUACUGUUACAUGAAACACAAAUAUCGUAAUAGACUUAAUAUUGACGCUGAUUUAAGAGUUAUAAUAUCAAGCAUGCAGCCGGACUUAGACGAAAUUAUGAACAGAACAGAAAGAAUUAACUUGUCUCAUAAAGUUUGA